AUGGCAUUCCCAUCCGCCCCUAACUUCGGUGGAGUUGAGGGUGCAGGAGAGGAUUCCCGGAAACGCCGUUACCCUUUCGGACCUAUUCCGUCUCUACUUUCCAACACUGUUUUCAGCUCCCAGUCACCAAUGGGCUCUCCCUACAUCGGAUCCAAUGCCGCGCGCCCAGGAAUUUCUCGCAGCAACUCGCUCCCUGCACAUAUCACUCGUCCUCCGCCGGCCGGAAACGCGGUGCAGUUCGCGCGUGGUGCUGCUCGUCUAGCCGACCCGAACAAUCCCGUGGUUCCAGACACAGCUCCCCAAGUCCCGGAACCCACAAUGUCACGUACCGCUGCUGUUGUCAUGCUCUUACUGUCCACCGCUUUGGUUGCUGUUUGCGCUGAAUUCCUGGUUGAUGCUAUUCCCGAAAUGAUUAAAAGCUCAAACGUUAGCGAAGCUUUCAUUGGUCUCAUCAUCCUACCCAUCGUUGGCAAUGCAGCUGAGCAUGUUACUGCCGUUAGUGUCGCCACUAAGAACAAGAUGGAUCUAUCGAUCGGUGUGUCUGUUGGCAGUAGUAUUCAAAUUGCUAUUUUCGUCACACCACUGGUCGUGAUCUUGGGCUGGUGUAUGGACAAGGACAUGUCUCUCUACUUUACGCUAUUCGAGACCAUUUGUCUCUUUGUGACCACCUUCGUUGUCAACUUCCUCGUCUUGGACGGACGAAGCAACUAUCUAGAGGGCGUCCUCUUGAUUGCGGCCUAUAUCAUCAUUGCUCUAUCUGCCUACUUCUACCCGCGAAAUGACCAAUCAAGUGUUAUCGCCGGCUCAGGGGGAUAG